ACGUUGACAGAUUAGAUUUUCAGAGUCCGCGGAUCAAGCCAAAGCCAUUUUAUUUGAAAAUUAUCAAAUAAGAAAACUGAAAAUACUGUGAUUUUAAUUUAAAAUCCUGAGCUAUAUUCAGUUAAUAUUUAAAGUCGUGAUAAUAUGAAUCCUUGUUCCAUAGCAACUCCCCAACAGGAUACAGAAGGCGAUGGAAGGUGGAAUAGCAUUCACAACAGAUUUCUUUCCGACGCCAAAGGAAAAGAUGCCGAUGUAAUAUUUAUUGGUGAUUCUAUUCUUCAAGCAUUAGAACAUACAGAAAUAUGGAACCAAUGGUUUGCUCCAUUACACUGCCUUAACUUUAGUAUUCAUAGGGAUCAAACACAAAAUGUACUAUGGCGCAUUAAAAACGGAGAACUCGACCAUGUAGAUCCAAAAGUAAUUGUGUUACACGUAGGAACAAAUAAUAUAGAACACACAGCUGAACAAAUUUGUGAAGGUAUCAUAGAAAUUAUACAUACUAUUCAAGAGAAACAUCCUAGUGUCUAUAUUGUUAUACCUAGUCUUCUCCCUAGAGGCAGGCAUCCAAAUUCUUUAAGGGAGAAACAUGUUAAAAUAAACCAAUUGUUAAGAGAAAAAAUUACCACCAUGAAAAAAGUAGAUAUGGUGUCAAUUGAUAAGGGCUUUAUUCAGAGUGAUGGAACAAUUAGCCACCAUGAUAUGCACGAUUACCUAAUACCAACUAAUGCAGCCUUUCGAAAGGCCUUCGAACCUGUUCAUGAUCUCUUACAUCAGUUAUUAUCUGAAGGAGAACCAGAAAUUGACUUAACACCUUCAGAAUAAACUUUAUAAUAUUCAGGAUAUAUAUAUAUUAGCUUUUUUUUGGCAAGCUCAUUGUGAUUAUACAGUAGUACUUAUUUAUAUUUAGCUUUUUUAUUAUAGGCUUAAGAAUUUAAUGUGUUGAAUAGUUUAUAUUUCACUGAUACAUUCCCGAUUUUAUUGUGUAUUGGCUGUGGCAUAUCUGAUUUAAAAAAAAAAGUAAUUGUAAUUAUUAAAGAGGAUAAUUGUAAAAUAUUCAACUCAUUCCAAAUGAAGUAUUUUUGUAACUGCAAAAAUUAUCAAUUGGCUAAUAAAAUGAUUAAUUAUUUCAUAUGGAAUUUAUGGCAUGUGAUACAUUUUAAUUAUGUCCUUAUGGAUUGUACUGUGUAAAGUUGCAUUUAUUAUAAUUUUUUAGACAACAAUUUGGGUACAUGGUAAGCCUGUUAAAGUAAUAUAAUUUUUUACUGAAUGUUUCUAGCAUUUAUAUUUAUCACAUUAUGCAAGUGUCUAUCAAGUUAAUUUUCAUCAUUAUACUGAAUAAUAAUGCAGCUUUCUUUAUGGGCCUCAUAUAAAAUAUUUUUUUAUAAAAAAAAAACUCUAAAUGGAUGGUCAAUUUUAGGAAUGAAAGUAAGGAUAUGAGUAAACAUGCAUAAAUGUUAUUGUCAACUAAAAUAUGCAUUGAAAUCACAAUAAGAAUUAAAUAUCAGGGUUUUACGACACCUAUGGAAUUCCAUAACUAUAAAUUUUAUCUAUAUCUAUCUAUGGUUAUAUAUAUAAUGUGUUAUAUUGAAUAAGAUAUUAAGGACCAUUUAAGCAUUGGUUAUUUUUAGGAGAAUUAAAACAUGUUUUAAAAUUAUCAAGAAAUACUGCCACAAAUAAAUAACCUUACUGAAAAAUUAACUUAUAUUAACAGGGUUAUGUACUUAUUAUAAAAUUUAUUCUUGGUGAAGACAUACAUGUAACUGAAUAUGUUUGAGUAGAUUGAUUAAAUUUUGCAUUUGAUAAAAUUUAUGAUCUCAAGUGCAAAGAGAUAAACUCAAGCUUUGUAUAAAUUUACUUUUUCUAAAACUUUUUCGUGAGAUUUGAUUAAAUUAACCAAAGAAUUAAUUUUACCAAAGGUUGAAUUUAACACCAGACUUUGAAAUAUGUAUAUCACAAAGGGUUGUUAUAAGCAAGAUCUCAUCUACAGCAAUGGUUGUGUAAAAUAUAUUCUCAUUCAAUUUUGUAUGAUGCUCAAUGCUACAGAAAAACUACUUCCAUGAGAAAAGUGUUUUUAAAUCAGUUCAUAGAAUAGUAAGUGAAUGCAUUGUGUUGAGGUAUGAAGGUAUGGCAUAAACAGUGAUAAAUUAUUUUUCCAGUGUAAUGUAUUACAAUUUCAUAAUUAUACUACUGUAGAAUAAUAGCUACUCAAGUUGCCAAAACGCUUGAAUCUCAAAUGUUAUUAUUUAUUUGCAUGAUUUAGCUUGAAGUAAAAGUGCAAUUGUUUCUUA